GCUGUCUGGAGCUCUGCGACUUCCGGCGUGUUCUCACGCAUGUCGAAUACAAUUUAGAGCUAAACAAACUAAAAAGUUCUUUAGCUCUGAGCUGAAGGAUACUGUGCACAUAAUGUUUACCAGAUUCUCUAGGGUGGUUUGUCCAGCUUGGAUCGACACGGGGUCAUUUUCCUGCACAACAACUUGGCGACAGAGAAUCCAGGGUUUUGGGAGCACAUGUUUGAGAUACCAUGAUGACAGCCCUAACAAAGACUUCAAAGUAAACCCAGUGUUCCUGAACAAAAACCCCAGAAAUUUAGAAACAAUGGGAAUUGCAAGGAAAAGACAAGGUUGGAUUCUGCAAUAUCCCAGAAAGAAUUUCUAUCACAAGUUGUUUUUUGAGAGAAGUGCUCGCCACACAUCAGCUUGGGUGGAGCACAUGAAUGGGGAGACAGUUGUGUCAGCAUCUACACGGGAGUGGGCGGUCCGGGAACAGCUGUACAGCACCUCAGAUGUGUCCGCAGCAGAGAACGUUGGCCGAGUGCUGGCCCAGCGGUGUGUGGAGAGUGGACUGACCAGUGUCUUCUAUGACAGGGCAGAAGACGACACACCUUCCGAGUCUCGUGAGGCGUUUAUGAAGGCAGUUGAAGAUGUGGUGACAUUGAGAGAACCAAGACAACUGAAGCCAAGGUAUGAACCAGGAAUCGACUAUGACAGACCAAACAGAUAUGGAGAGAAGAAAAAGCUGAAACCAGACUACCAGAUCUCCUGAUAUGUGUCGUGCUGUAUGUCCAUCAUAUGGACAUGUGUCCUGAUGUGUGUCGUGCAGAAUGUCCUUCACAUGGGCGUGUGUCCUUUUAACAAUAGACACAUGUGUAUGAGAUGUAGAUGGAAGACAUGUCAACGUUGGUCAUAGAUAACUGUAUUGCUGGCUUUACAAUAAACAAGCUUGUUAUGUUA